CACGGAGCUGAAAGGUCACCCCCUUGGACCUCCAGUUUUUUUUUUACAUGGAAACUUCUUAGCACUGCAGCUUUUUAGAGAUCUUCGCUCUACGCAAGAUCUCUCUAAGAUCUCAGAAAUUCCCCAUUUUUCUGUGCAACCGGAGUUAAAAGGGGGCUCAAUUUGGAUCUCCAAAUCUCGAUUCAGAUCCGAUUCGCCUAAAAAAAUUUUCCCAGACCUUUUCUCGUCAACCAAACAGAGUUGCAGAUUCCGGAAUUUGAAGAAUGGGCGUGCGAUUAAAGGAACCAAGAAUGAGUUCUCUCUCCGUGUUCCUCCUUAUCCUCCUUUUCAUCUUCACAGCCUCCGCUCAAGAGUUUGUGGACGAAGCUGAGAGGGAAGAAUCCAGUGGAUCCAAAGAUCUGGGCCGUCGCAGCAAGAUUAAUUUAAGUAGCCUGGAAAGGGUUGCUGUUGGAGAGAAGAAUGACGCCGAUUCUGCUGGCUUUGGUGUCAGCUUGGACUCUGGUCUUGGAAUUUUCGACGCGUUUUUUGCAAGUUUUUCAAUGAUUUUAGUCAGUGAGAUUGGAGAUGAGACAUUUAUCAUUGCAGCGCUUAUGGCAAUGCGCCACCCAAAGUCAAUUGUUUUAUCUGGUGCUCUCACUGCCUUGAUUGUAAUGACAGUACUUUCAACUGGAUUGGGUAGAAUCGUGCCAAAUUUGAUUUCAAGAAAGCACACAAAUAGCGCAGCUACAGUUCUUUAUGCAUUUUUCGGGUUGCGGUUGCUGUACAUUGCUUGGAGAUCAGAUCCUAAAGGUUCCCAGAAAAAAGAAAUGGAAGAAGUGGAGGAGAAACUUGGACAAUCCAAGACAUCCUUUCGUCGCUUCUUUUCUAGAUUUUGUACGCCAAUAUUUUUGGAGUCUUUUAUCCUAACAUUUCUAGCAGAGUGGGGUGAUCGCAGCCAAAUAGCAACAAUCGCUCUGGCAACACACAAAAAUGCAAUCGGGGUUGCGGUAGGGGCAACAAUAGGCCACACAAUUUGUACAUCACUGGCCGUGGUUGGUGGGAGCAUGCUGGCAUCUAAAAUCUCCCAAGGCACAGUUGCUACAAUCGGAGGCUUGCUCUUCUUAGGCUUUUCCUUGUCCUCAUAUUUCUAUCCUCCUUUAAUUGUGGAAGAAAUUUCAUCCCCUCUUUCAAUUAAUCAUGAAAUGGCUCAUACACUUCAUGCCAAAGCGGUGAAGGACGGAACUGUCCGAAGUUUGAACGUGGCGAAUUACCUCCUCAGUUUGUACGUGAAAUCUCACAACUUCGGCAAUGCAAACAAGCUGUUUGAUGAAAUUCCUCAUAGAGAUGUCCGGUCGUGGACGAUCCUUAUUUCGGGUUUGGCUCGAACGGGGUCAUUUGGUAUGGUUUUGGGGCUUUUUAGGAAAAUGCAAGUUGAGGGUGUUCGUCCAAACCAGUUUACAUUGUCUAGUGUUUUAAGGUCGUGUUCUAGUGUAAGAGAGAAUCAUGAAGCUAGGAGAAUUCAUGGGUGGAUGUUGAGAAAUGGGAUUGAUUUUGAUAUUGUAUUAGAGAACUCUCUUCUUGAUGCUUAUUUGAAAUGUGGCGACUUUCGGUAUGCAGAAAGAUUGUUUGAGACGAGAAAAGAGAGAGACAAAAUUACAUGGAAUAUAAUGAUAGAUGGAUAUGUAAGUAUUGGGAAUGUGGAGAAGUCUCUGCAUUUGUUAAAUGAAUUGCCUUUCCGAGAUGUUGAUAGCUGGAAUACGAUCAUAAGUGGGCUAAUGCGAAAUGGGCAUGAAAGAACUGCUUUAGAGCUACUCUAUGAAGUGGUGAAAAAUGGAACUCCAUUGAACAAAUUCACUUUCUCAAUAGGUUUGGUUUUAGCUUCAACUUUAUCGCUUGUGGAACUUGGGAGACAAAUUCAUGGCUUUGUUCUUCGUUCCGGUAGUCACAACGAGGGAUUUAUUUGGACAUCACUUAUAGAUUUUUAUUCCAAAUGUGGGAAAAUGGAAAAGGCAUUGCUGAUCUUCAGAAAGAUGCCUCUGGUUUAUUUGAACUCUCCACAUUCCACAGCUGCUCAUGAGCAUGAAAUGACGGAAAUUUUGGCAUGGAGUUCAUUGAUUGCAGGGUACGUUCGUAAUGAUGACUAUGAAGGUGCUUUGCAAACCUUUAUUUCUAUGGUUCGUGAAGGUAUUGGCGUAGACGGGUUUACGGUCACAACCAUUGCCUCUAUGUGUGCUAAUGUUGGGAUUUUAACAUUAGGUCAACAGAUUCAUGCACUCGUACAGAAAAUUGGACACAAAAUAGAUUUUCACAUAGGUUCCGCAUUGGUUGAUAUGUAUUCUAAAUGUGGAAGCCUGGAGGAUGCUCGGAUGAUUUUCAAACAAACUUUUAGCCCCAAUGUUGUGUCGUGGACAUCAAUGAUCUCCGCUUGUGCUCUACAUGGGCAAGGAUAUGAGGCUAUUCAGCUUUUUGAACUCAUGAUAAGAGUGGGAAUCGAACCGAAUGAGAUUUCUUUUACGGUAGUUUUAGCUGCAUGCAGCCACGCUGGGCUGCUUGAAGAAGGCUGCAAAAUUUUCCACUUGAUGAAAGAAGUUUAUCGCAUCAAGCCUGGAGUCGAACACUUCACUUGUAUGGUUGAUCUAUACGGUCGUGCUGGUCGCUUGGAUGAGGCUAAAGAGUUCAUUCAUCAAAAUUGCAUCUCUCAUCUGAGUUUAGUUUUGAAGUCAUUCCUAUCUUCUUGCCGACUCCACAAAAACAUAGAAAUGGGAAAAUGGGUUUCUGAGAAGCUAAAUCACCUGGAUUCAUUUGAUGCAGGAUCCCAUGUUUUGUUAUCCAACAUGUGCGCUAACAAGCGCAGAUGGGAAGAAGCAGCUAAAGUGAGGAGCUUGAUGCAACAGAGAGGAAUUAGUAAACUCCCUGGUCAAUCUUGGAUCCAACUGAAAAACCAAGUCCACGCCUUCGUCAUGGGAGAUAGGUCCCAUCCCCGUCAAGCAGAGAUAUAUUCAUACUUGGAUGAGCUGGUCGGAAGAUUGAAGGAAAUUGGUUACUCAUCCGCAGUGGAGCUUGUAAUGCAAGAUGUAGAAGAAGAAGAACGCGAAUUGUUUCUUGGUUAUCACAGUGAAAAGCUCGCAAUUGCCUAUGGCAUCAUUAGCACGCCAUUGGGGACUCCGAUUCGCAUAAUGAAAAACCUUAGAGUUUGUACAGAUUGUCAUAACUUUAUUAAGUAUACUUCUCAGCUUUUGGGUCGGGAAAUAAUUGUGAGAGAUAUCUGCCGGUUUCAUCACUUUAAGCACGGUUCCUGCUCAUGUGGAGAUUACUGGUGA